AUGGGUAAUGUUAUGGCAGCAACUUCGUCUACGCCGAGCAGCGCAGCAACAGCAUUAGAUAAAGCGGCUAAACAGGGGCUACCGGAACCAGCUCCACCUGGAGUAUUAACCUCGCAAUCUAAAGAAAAGGACGAUUCGUUAGAGAAUCCAGGAACUGUCGAAGAAUUACAUAAAAAAUGUAAAGAUAUACAGGCCAUGACCUUUGAAGGAGCAAAGGUGAUGUUAAAUAAAGGUUUGAGUAAUCAUUUUCAGGUUUCACAUACACUCAAUUUAUGCAGCACACAGCCAAGCGGUUAUCGUUUUGGUGCUACAUAUGUUGGUACCAAACAAUUUAGUCCCUCUGAAGCAUUUCCAGUGCUUUUGGGCGACAUCGAUCCAUCGGGUAAUCUGAAUGCCAAUAUUAUUCAUCAAUUCUCGCCCCGUAUUAGAUGUAAAUUUGCCUCACAGAUUCAAGAAUCGAAAAUUACGGCUGCGCAAUUAACGACCGAUUAUCGCGGCGACGAUUAUACUGCCUCGCUUACUGUGGGUAAUCCAAAUAUUUUCAAUAAUUCGGGUGUUUUUGUUGGACAUUAUUUACAAUCAAUUACCAAGUCGGUAGCCUUGGGUGCUGAGCUGGCUUAUCAAUACGGUCCGAAUGUACCUGGUGGUCAAAUAGCGGUGGUAUCAGCUGUCGGUCGCUAUACUAAUGGUGAUUCUUCAUGGUCGGGCACUUUGGGGCCGGGCGGUGUUCACAUUUGUUAUUAUCAAAAAGCCAGCGAACAAUUACAAAUUGGUGUCGAAUUGGAAACUAGUCUGAGAAUGCAAGAGUCUGUCGCAACAAUGGGUUAUCAAGUGGAUUUACCUAAGGCUGAUCUCAUUUUUAGAGGUUCCUUUGAUUCUAAUUGGAAUGUGUGUGGUGUACUUGAGAAACGUCUACAACCUUUGCCAUUCUCUUUUGCUUUAAGUGGACGUUUAAAUCAUACCAAAAAUCAAUUUAGAUUAGGUUGUGGUCUUAUUAUAGGUUAACUAGGGUAUCUCUAAACGUACACAAUUUAGAGAUGUAACGAAGAUGGAAUGCUUAAAAUUACGACUUCUCUUGGAAAAAAGUAAAUAACAGUUAAUUCGUACCAGACAGACCCACAUGUGAACCGUAGUAACAAAUACAAAAUUAACGAAUCCCACAACGGAAAAUUAACGACUAGUUUUGCACACCAAUAAAAUACCAAAAAAAAAAAAAAAAAUUGAAA